AUGGAUAAUUUUGUAACAACAACACAAUAUCCAUCUUUAGGUACGCCUAUCUCUAAAUACGUGAUUGCCAUCAUUAUUACCUUAGCGGCAUGUGGGUCUCUUUUAACUGGGGCACUUUAUAUGAAACUACCAAGUGAAGCCUUAGGCAAUACUUUCAUAGUUACAUCUGUUAUCACUGUCUUGGGUCUUCUCUAUAAAGACAUCUAUGUCGACUUAUCUGAUGAUAAUAAGUUGAGAAAAUUAGUUUUCGUAUUACACAACCGACUAAGAAGAUUAGAGGGUGAUAAUCAACCUCCUAUGGAAGGAGAAGUUCCAACAACGCCAAUUCAAAAUUUGGCAACAAAUAUUCAAAGAAUUUUAACAGAAAUUGGAAGAUUCUUCAAUAUAAUUAAAGAUUCAUUUACUUUUAUCAUAAGAGGAUUAUUUGGUAUUAUACUUACUUUUAUUUCCAUGUUUCCUUGUAGAAAUGUUGAGGAAGAUGAUGGUAUCGAAUUAGGAGGUGCUUAG